UGUCAUGGAGAUGUCAAAUUCAGCCUCCAUAAAAGGCUAGAAGCUACUUGCCUGUUAAAAGUAGUUAGAUGGUUAAUGCUGAUGGCGUAUACCAGAGUAAGCUGUUGUUCCAGUUACAUCUUUGCAUCUCUUAACAGGCACAGGAAAGAAUGAAGACAACAUGAAGAAGGGAAAUUAUGUCCAUUACCACUGUUCGUUUAGUUCCUCAACAUCUGAAGAGGAUGAGAUACAAGAACAGACAGAAGAUUGCCAAGACCCAGGGGUAAUGAAUGAAGAUGUCAAUGGUGUUGCACAAUUACCAAAAACCACUCAGGUAGUCUUUGAGAUCCAUUCUGGCCGGCCAGUGCCUCGUCUCUGUGAGCCACGUCACCUGUAUGGUGUCUCUGGACACUUGUCGCAGACCCUUUCUCGCUGGCCAAAGGAGUGUGAAGUUAUACCAGAAGAAAUACAUCACAUCGACUGGACGUCUCCGUCUCCUGAGCCUUUUUGUAUCCCAGAAUCUGAAAAAUGGCCCCGAUACCAGAAUGUGGGGGGAGGCACUCUUGUUUAUAACUCACAAGCAGGUAAGGAGCUCUACUUCACAGGGUCUCGUCCAGGGGGGAAUCGUUCACCUCUUUCACAGGCCUCUAUACCCCUCUCUGGGCCUGAUGACACCACUCUUCUUUUUGAGGGCCGCUUUGAAUGUGCCAACUUGAUGUCUGCACACAGAAUUGGGCAGUUUGACUAUGACCUCAUGCUCCGGCCUGACCUCUACACUAAGAAGCACACCCAGUGGUUUUACUUCCGAGUGAGGAACAUGCGGGCAGGCGUCCCGUACCGGUUCACCAUCACCAACCUCCUGAAGGCCACCAGUCUUUAUGAGAAGGGCCAGAAACCCCUAUUGUACUCAGAGGAGAAGGCCAGAGCCUUUGGUGUGGGUUGGCACCGUGUAGGUUAUGACGUGUCAUACUCUCGUAACGAGUGCUUUUACCUUGGCUUACCCUGCUUCUCCCUCUCUUGGAGUUUAGUCUUCCCUUAUGACCAAGACACGUGCUACCUGGCCCACUGCUAUCCAUACACUUAUACCAAGUUGUGGGCAUACCUCUCAAAGAUAGAACACAGCCCCAGGCUCUCUUCUUUCUGCAAGAUUCGGACACUCUGUCGUUCACUGGCAGGCAACUUGGUGCCAGUGCUGACAGUGACCAGUCCCUCACGCAAGUGUGGUGAAUGUGAAGCAGCCCAUAAGCCGGCCAUCGUGAUCACAGCCCGUGUCCACCCUGGAGAGACCAACAGCUCCUGGGUCAUGAAGGGCAUCAUGGACUUCCUCCUGAGUGACACACCUGAUGCACGACUGCUCCGAGAUGCUUUCAUCUUCAAGUUGGUGCCCAUGUUGAACCCAGAUGGUGUGAUAGUAGGAAAUUACCGCUGCUCUCUUACUGGCAGUGACCUAAACCGCAGCUACAACUCAAAUCUGAAGGACUCUUUCCCCACUGUGCAUGCCGUGCGGACUAUGGUCCAUAGAUUGUGUGAGGAGCGUGAGGUGCUGCUGUACUGUGACCUCCAUGGACACAGCCGUAAGCAGAACGUCUUCACCUACGGCUGUGAAAGGGCGGCCGGCCGUCAGCUGCAUGAGCGGAUCUUUCCCCUGAUGCUGAGUAAGAACUGCCCUGAAAUGUUCUCCUUUCAGAACUGUAAGUUCAAGGUGCAGAGAAGUAAGGAGGGGACAGGUCGCAUAGCUCUAUGGAAACUUGGAAUCCUCAACAGCUUCACAUUAGAAACCUCCUUUUGUGGCUCAAGCAUUGGUCAACAGAAGGGAACCCAUUUCAGUAUAAAGGACUUAGAGAUGUUGGGAGCUCACUUCUGUGAUACACUGCUGGACUACUGUGAUCCAGACAGGACCAAGUACAAUAUGUGUAUAAGAGAGCUGCAAGACUCACUCCGACAGGAAACCACCCUGACCCUUGCAGAAGCACCGCACAGUGACAACGUAAGCACCAGUGGAUCUAACAGCUCUGACUCUGAUGGGCCUCCAGCCCAUCUUGAGGCCUUACAGAUGAUUAAUCGUAAAAAGUCAAUGAAGUCCAAGAAACAGAGGGACUGUUCUUGUCUACUGAGGUAUAAAGAGAAAACUCCUGAAGAGAAUAAGGAUAGUGAUGUCAAAGAUGGCGUACGGAAAGGCAAAUAUACCCUUAAACCUCUAUGUGUUCCUCAGCAUAUGCUCAGGAGAGGAAAACAGGAAGCUCCACUGGAGUCCGCUGAUGCCAGCAGAAAGAUGUCUGUGCUAUACCUGGUCUUUGAUAAUGAGAAAGGGUCAGUGAAAUCAAAGUCAGACUACUUGCGCCACCUGAUGGCAGGCUACAUUAGGAGCCGGAUGCAGAUGGGCUUGAGCAACACUCUGAGUGGUUUGGACUUAGGUCCCAUCACCAUGCCUUCAGGGGCGCCACGAAAAGCCAACCAGUUGUCUGGCCUUGGUCACCUGGCAUGUGGAGACAAGCGCAUUUGGCGACUAUCACCAGUCCAGUGGAGGGGGUCCAAGUCACACCCUGCACCUUUCACGCUACCUGGCAUGACUAACAGACAGGGGGAGUACAGGACAGCUGAGUGUAAGCGUGGUCAGUGGCAUGGUGUGGUUAAGGAUCAGGCGACAUCACCAGACAGGAAGUCAGAGCAUGUGAUUGGAAAACCGUGACAUAAAUCACCAACCAACAUGUCCAAUAACAACAACAAAGAUGUCUUCUUUAAUCUACUGAAUGCAUCAAUCACUUAAUAGACAUUGUAGGUUGACAUGAAGUCGCCUGUUUCAGGUUUAUUAAAAUCUGUAUGCUAAGGUUACCAUAAA